AUGGCUACAAAACAGUUAGCUGAAAAUGAUCAACCAUUGCCAUCCCUAGUUUGGAAUCAUACAAGAGAUAGAGUUGAUAUUGAUCUUAUUAAAAGAUCAUUUAAAUGUUGUGGAAUCUUGAUACAAACUGAUGGUUCUGAGGAUAAUAUGCUCUUUGACUAUGAUAACAUUACAAAUGAAAUUCAUAAUAACAAUACUGAUGAAGAAAACAACAAUAAUGAGAGUGCCAAUGAAAUCAAUGAAAUGGAUUUCAAUUUUGAUUGA